AUGGCGGAUUUGGAAAGAUCAUCUGUUGAACGUCCGGUUUACGGACCACGAAUGGUUAUAAUAAGUGAAAUGGAAGAAAGUUCAGAAGAAUCAAGAAUGUUUACGUCCGAAGAAGAUGAAGCUUGUUUUGCUGAAGAACACAUGAGAAUAACAGAUGUACCUUCUGAAUAUUGGCACAUACAAAAACUUAUCAAAUAUAUGAAAGCGGGCAAUCAAACUGCAACAAUUGUUAGUCUUGCUUGUUUAAAAGAUCAUGAUUUAACAACAGAAGUUAAUCAGCUUGCAAUUAAAGAUAUUGGAGGAUUAGAAGUGUUAACAAAUUUAUUAGAAACGGAUGAUUUAAAAUGCAAAUUGGGGGCAUUAUACAUUCUUAAAGAACUUACAACAACUUAUGAUGUAAGAAAAACUUUUACUGAUCUUGGAGGAGUUCCUUUACUGUUGGAUAUUUUAUCAGAUCAGGCUAGAGAUUUACAAACAUUAGCUUCAGAAACUUUAGCUAAUGUUGCUAGAAUCAGAAAAGCUCGAAUGAUAGUUAGAAAAUCAGGAGGUUUACCAAAAAUUGUAGAUUUAUUAGAUGUUAGUCAAACAGCAUUAACGACACCCUGGAAUCAAUUAAGUAUAGAUGACAAAGAAUUGGUUCAAGUUGCUAAAGGAGCAGCCAAAGCAUUAUGGUCACUUUCUAAAUCUAAAAGAAAUCGAGAGGCAAUGAGAAAAGCUGGCAUCGUACGAUUACUUGCAAGAGUCCUUAAAUCCUGUCAUUCGGAAGUGAUAGUACCAAUUAUGGGAACGAUUCAACAAUGCGCUAAUGAAGCGAGCUACCAACUAGCAAUACAAACUGAAGGAAUGAUUGGACAAUUGGUGAGACAUUUGUCAGCAGAAUCCGUUGAAUUAAAAACUCAUUGUGCAUCUGCUAUUUAUAAAUGUGCAGAAGAUGAAACAACAAGACAAUUAGUACGUCAACACGGAGGUUUAGAUCCAUUAAUUUCUUUAGCGAGAGAUUUUGAAUUACGAUCGAACAAAAAUCUUUUGGCGGCCGUUACUGGUGCCAUAUGGAAAUGCGCAAUUUCCCGGGAAAAUAUAAAACGUCUCGAUGAACUUUUUACCGUUAGAAUAUUAGUACAACUUUUGGAAAACGAAAACGAAGAAGUUUUAAUUAACGUCGUCGGAGGUUUGGCUGAGUGUUGUAAAACACAAGAAAAUAGAGAAGCUUUGAGGAAAGCAGGAGGAAUUCCAUCCUUAAUUCAAUUGUUGAGUUGGACCAACCAACCUUUGUUGGAAAAUGUAGCUAAAGUAUUAGGAGAAUGCGCUAAUGAUACAGAAUCCAUGGAACUGAUUGAAGAACUUGAUGGAGUUCGCUUAGUUUGGUCUCUUCUUAAAAAUCCCUCACCAAAAGUUCAGGCAAACGCUGCUUGGGCUUUACGACCGAUGAUUGAAAAUGCUAAAGAUUCAGGAGAAAUGGUUAGAAGUUUUGUAGGCGCGUUGGAAUUGAUUGUAAGUCUCCUAAAAUCAAAAGAUAAUAAUGUAUUAGCUUGUGUAUGUGCUGCCAUUGCAAAAGUUGCUGAAGACAAAGAAAAUUUGGCAGUAAUAACUGACCACGGAGUAGUUCCCAUGCUUUGUAAUUUGGUUCCCACGACUGAUGAUCACUUAAGAGAACAUUUAGCAUCAGCUAUAGCCAGUUGCUGCGGUUCGGGUAGUAAUGCUUUUGAAUUUGGAAAAUUAGGUACGCUUCCAACUCUUGUACUUUACAUGGCCGGAUCUAAUAAAGCUGUUCAUCGAUCUACAGCAAGAGCUCUUCAUAUGCUUUCAACCGAUCCUUACAACUGUAUAACACUACAUCAAACUGGUGUCGUUGGAUAUUUAUUAGAAACAAUCGGAUCACGAGAUGAAGAACUUCAAGCAUCAUCAGCCGGUUGUUUGAGCAACAUUCGACGACUGGCACUUUCUGCUGAAAAAUUUAAAUUAACUUAUGAUAAAUGUGUAGAAUAA